CCCGGGAGCAUGAAGCCCAGCCCGGCCGGCGGCUGCCUGGUCCUGCCGCCGCCUUCGCUGCUCCUCCUCCUCCUGCUGCCGCUGCUGGGACUUUGGGGUCAGCGCGCAGAAGCCGCGGCUUGCCAUGGAUGCAUUUCAGGAUCCAAAUGUGACUGCAGUGGAGUGAAAGGAGAAAAGGGCGAAAGGGGGUUUCCAGGUUUGGCAGGUCAGACGGGUUUACCUGGAUUUCCAGGACCAGAAGGUCCACCCGGGCCAAGAGGUGAAAAAGGAGAUGAUGGACUUCCAGGGCCGUUUGGACCCAAAGGAGUUAGGGGACCUCCAGGUUUGCCAGGAUUUCCAGGAACGCCAGGAGUUCCUGGGCUCCCAGGUCAGGAUGGGCCUCCAGGACCACCAGGUAUCCCAGGAUGCAACGGAACAAAGGGAGAACGUGGCUACUCUGGCAGUCCAGGUUUUCCAGGUUUACAAGGCCCCCCAGGCCCUCCUGGCAUACCAGGUAUGAAGGGCGAGCCUGGGGAAAUAAUCACGUCUCUGUUGCCAGGACUAAAAGGCGAUACAGGAUUUCCAGGUCUUCCGGGAAUACCAGGCCCCCCGGGUCCCAUCGGAGUGCAAGGCCCCAGUGGUCCUCCCGGGCCACCAGGUUUGAUGGGUCCUCCUGGUCCCCCAGGAUUUCUAGGCCCAAAGGGCAAUAUGGGCUUGAACUUCCAGGGUCCCAAAGGAGAAAAGGGUGAACAGGGGCUACAAGGACCUCCGGGGCCACCAGGACAGAUCGGUGAACAGAAAAGACCAAACGAUGUGGAGUUUCAGAAAGGAGAUCCGGGCGUUCCAGGUGACCGUGGUCCACCAGGCCCCCCUGGGCCACGAGGUCCUCCUGGCUUUAUAGGUGACGGAAAAGGUGAAAAAGGUGAGCAAGGAGAACCAGGCAAAAGAGGGAAGCCUGGCAAAGACGGAGAGCCCGGGCCGCCCGGUCUGCCUGGUUUGCCUGGUGAUCCUGGUAUCCACGGCAUUCCAGGAAGAGAUGGAGAAAAAGGUCAGAAAGGUGAAACCGGUCCCAUUGGCCCACCUGGGCUUGUGAUUCCAAGGCCAGGAGUCAGUACAACGGUGGGGGCCAAAGGAAGCAAAGGCUUGCCGGGUCAUCGUGGCGAGAAAGGUGACCGUGGCUUACCUGGCUUACAGGGCCCUCCUGGCCUACGAGGCCCCCCAGGAACUCUCAGUGUAGGCCCUCCGGGACCUCCUGGCCUACCUGGAGAGAGAGGACAGAAGGGGGAUCAAGGCCUACCUGGGGUUUCCACUCCUGGACAGCCUGGACUUAAUGGGCGACCCGGAACCCCCGGCCCACCAGGGCCGCCUGGCCCACCUGGAUCUACUAUUCCACCCACUGGUCAACUGUGUGAGCGAGGCCCCCCUGGCAUUCCAGGACCCCAAGGAGAGCGAGGAUUUGUGGGGGAGAUAGGCCAGAAAGGUGAUAAAGGAGACACCUGCUUUAACUGCAUAGGAACUGGCAUUCCUGGACCCCCAGGGCCGAAGGGGUUCCCAGGGCCACCUGGAAGUCCAGGGUCUCCUGGUUUGUCUGGCCCCAAAGGUGAUAAAGGUCUACCUGGUCUACUUGGUCCUCCAGGCCCACCAGGUCUUCCUGGUCCUUCAGGCCCUUCUGGACGUCCUGGUGCAAAAGGUGACCCUGGCGAAGUCCUUGGCUUCCCUGGCAUGAAAGGCGACAAGGGAGACCCUGGUUUCCCAGGACUGCCAGGCCUGCCUGGACUCGCUGGUUCUCCUGGGAAAGAUGGACAGCCGGGCCUUCCUGGACCAAAGGGGGAACCAGGCAGCAUUGCUUUCAAGGGGGAAAGGGGCCCCCCUGGGGACCCCGGAUUUCCUGGGCCUCCUGGGGAUCGAGGGCCAGUGGGGCCGCCUGGAUUUGGUCCACAAGGGCCUGCUGGUGGAAAGGGCGCUCAAGGUGUUUCUGGACGGGAAGGACACCCUGGAGCACCAGGAUCAAAAGGUGAACCUGGUCAAACCAUUACGGAAGCAGGGCUACCAGGCAUCCCGGGUUCCCGAGGCAGAGAUGGUGAACCUGGGCUUCCAGGUGAUCCCGGACAUCCAGGCCAACCUGGAUUGCCAGGGACCCCGGGUGCAAAAGGUGACCCAGGUUUAUCCGGCAUUGGUCUUCCGGGCCCACCAGGGCCUAAAGGUAUCACUGGGUUGCCAGGUCUCCCUGGAUCGCCAGGAAACCCCGGAAGACCCGGUCAAGAUGGGCCGCCUGGGCCACCUGGAAUUCCAGGACAGAAGGGAGACCGUGGAUUUGGUGUGCCGGGACCUGCUGGGCCACCAGGGCCUCCGGGCUUCAAAGGUGCACAGGGCCCUAAAGGUGAUCCAGGCUUUCCGGGAAAUCCUGGCAUUCCAGGACAUGCAGGUUUUGAUGGAAUCCCAGGGCCUAAAGGUGAUCCGGGAGUACCAGGCCAGCCUGGGGCAGCAGGGCCUCCAGGGGUUCCAGGAUCUGGUGUCCAAGGCCCACCUGGACAAGCAGGGCCUCCAGGGCCUGUGGGCCAACCAGGAUUGCCUGGCAUGCCAGGUGGAAAGGGAGAUCCUGGACCACCAGGUUUCGACAUUCCUGGUCCUCCAGGUGACAAAGGCAAGCAAGGGUUUCCAGGGCAACCUGGUUUCCUAGGGCCUCCAGGUUUACCAGGGCCACCCGGACGAGAUGGAACCCCCGGAUUUCCAGGUGUGAAAGGCGAGAUGGGUGUGAUGGGAACCCCGGGUCCCCAAGGUUCUCCCGGAGAUCCUGGCAGAAGUGGUCUUCCUGGCCCCAAAGGCGACUCUGGCUUCCCAGGCCAGCCGGGUCUUCCAGGGCCUUCUGGGCCGAAAGGCAGCAAAGGCGAGAUGGGCCUGCCCGGUGCUCCAGGAAUACUUGAUCCAAGCCAAGUGAUCACGAAAGGACAGAAAGGAGAACCAGGCUCACCAGGUGAGCCUGGAAUAACAGGCCAGAAGGGUUACCAAGGCCUCCCAGGUGACUCGGGGCCUCCUGGAUUGAAUGGACAGCCAGGUGUACCCGGAUUGUCAGGGCCCAAGGGCGACAUGGGAUUUCCUGGCUCACCUGGGCUCAGUGGACCCCCUGGACAAAAAGGCAGCAGCGGUGAAAUGGGCUUUCCAGGUCCUGCCGGACCAAAAGGUUUGCAAGGCAUAGCAGGGCGUCCUGGGCAGCCCGGUCCUCCUGGAUAUCCUGGGCUGAAAGGAGAGAAGGGUGAAUCAGGCCGCUCUGAAAUUGGAAUCCCAGGCCCACCUGGCCCUAAGGGUGAUAGUGGUUUGCCUGGAUACUCAGGUGGCCCAGGCAGUAAAGGAUCACCUGGCAAUCCUGGGCUGCCUGGUUUGCCUGGUAAUCCAGGUGCCAAAGGCGAUCGUGGCCUCCCCGGGUUCCCAGGGACCCCAGGCAUUGCAGGACCAAAAGGUAUUGAUGGACCACCAGGGAAUCCAGGUAACACAGGACCACCCGGACUUCCAGGUGAACCUGGCCAUGCUGGACUGCCUGGCCUUCAAGGAGAGAAAGGACAACCAGGCAGAGAUGGCAUUCCUGGGACCGCUGGACAGAAGGGUGACCCAGGCCAGCCAGGUUAUGGGCGACCCGGGCCACCAGGACCGCCAGGAUUAUCAGGUCAAAAGGGUGAUAUCGGCUUCCCUGGACCCUCAGGGCCCCCGGGAACGCCUGGUCUGAAGGGAGAGCCAGGUGGCCCAGGAUUUCCUGGCCGUCAGGGCCCUCCAGGCCCUCCAGGACUACCUGGGCCAACUACAGAAGGUCUCAAAGGAAGCCGCGGGCAACCAGGCAUACCAGGGAGGCCAGGUUUGCCUGGUCCAGAAGGUGCCCGAGGACCCCCUGGAACUGGACAAGUGAAAGGAGAAAAGGGCAACCAAGGCCUGCCGGGUCAGCGUGGACCACCUGGUUUAAAAGGAGAGCCAGGGUUGCCUGGGAACUCGGGUGAACCCGGCCGUCCAGGUGUGAACGGAAUGAAAGGCGACCCCGGCGUUCCAGGAGUCCCGGGAUUGCCAGGUAUGAAGGGGCCCAUUGGACCUCCAGGACCGGCUGGCUUCGCAGGGGAUCCUGGAGCCCCCGGAUCUCCAGGCCUGCCAGGAAUACCCGGCCCAGCUGGCGAAACUGUGGUCAUAAAAGGUGACCAGGGUCCACCAGGUCUCCCAGGGCAGCCUGGACUGAAAGGUCACCCAGGGCUGCCGGGCCAACCGGGAUUGCCAGGUCCAAUGGGUAUUCCUGGUGAUCCCGGCCGAGACGGGCCUCCUGGAUUCGAAGGUCCCGCAGGGCGUAAAGGGGAGAGAGGCCUUCCGGGUCAGCAUGGUUUACGCGGCUCACAGGGUCUUCCUGGACCAGAUGGAUUGCAAGGCCCUCCUGGUCCACCUGGAACCGGCUCAGUCGCUCAUGGGUUCCUUAUAACCCGCCACAGCCAGACAACAGAGACACCUUUUUGUCCUCAAGGAACAGUCAGGAUCUAUGAUGGAUUUUCCCUUCUUUACGUGCAAGGAAACGAGAGAGCGCAUGGGCAGGACUUAGGCACUGCCGGUAGCUGCCUCCGCCGUUUCAGCACGAUGCCCUUCAUGUUUUGUAACAUCAACAAUGUCUGCAAUUUUGCAUCAAGAAACGACUAUUCCUACUGGCUGUCCACUCCUACGCCAAUGCCAAUGAGCAUGGAGCCCUUAACUGGAAAGACCAUACAGCCCUUUAUUAGUCGGUGCACAGUUUGCGAAGCUCCCGCUGUGGUGAUAGCAGUGCACAGCCAGACCAUUCAAAUCCCGCCGUGUCCGCAGGGCUGGACCUCCCUGUGGAUUGGUUACUCUUUCAUGAUGCACACCAGUGCCGGUGCUGAAGGAUCCGGACAAGCGUUGGCCUCCCCCGGUUCCUGCCUAGAAGAGUUCCGCUCAGCUCCUUUCAUCGAGUGCCACGGCCGAGGGACCUGCAAUUAUUAUGCCAAUUCAUAUAGCUUCUGGCUGGCAACUGUGGAGGUGGCAGAAAUGUUUAGUAAACCUCAGUCGGAAACACUGAAGGCCGGCGACCUGAGGACGCGUAUUAGCCGAUGCCAAGUCUGUAUGAAGAGGACGUAAUGCCUCGGAGGCUUUUGAAACCACCGAGAACUCUCUCUAAAUGUUUUGGUGCACUGUCCUUCCGCUAUAACCAUGGUGCUAUUGGUGCAGAAGUGAAAACAAACUAGAACUGAGAACAACCCAGACAAUGCAGAUUCCGGUGAACCUCUCCCAAGUGCCAUCCCGACAGCCGUCUUCUGGUGCCUCAUUGUCCGGGGAACUUGACCCCCUCGGUAGUGUUGGAGACGCUCAAGGGCCACGACGGAUCAGAAGGUGAAGUUGCCACAUCUCUCGCCCUGCCUGUGCCCCCGAGGGGCGCUUGUAAAAGAAAACCACGAGAAAAAGAAGCCGCGACGCACUGUGAGGAUUCAGACGAUGUGGCGACCGUGCAGCGACCCCUUUCUUCAUGGUGCUACUAACUCCUACUGUGUCCCCCGGUUUUUAAUAUGAAAUGUUUAAGCUUGUUUUUUUUUUCUCUGUAAGUAAUGAAAUGUGUAUAUUGUGUAAACACAUUUUUUUUUUUUAGUUUUUGACUUCUCAGUCAUUUUAGACACAAACCAGCCUUAAGAAUCACUGUCUUCACGAAGGAAAAAAAAAACUAUAUAUAAAUAAAUAUAUAUAUAAAUAUAUAUAUAUAAAAGCAUAAAGUACCACUUACAGUAGGCGGCAAGAUUGUCUGGCCAACAGGCAGUGGUAAAAUCCCCCUCACUUUCGACGCACUGCUGCCAGAUUUUUAAAGUUUUGUUUUCUGCCCCCAAGUCCCCGUCACGAUGUAUUUGGAAAGCGUCCCAGGAUGCCUUUGGAGGCGGGUUGUUAAUGUCUAUAUUGUGUGCCAUGCAACGGAUGGUUUUAUUUUGUUCUUCAGAAAAACCAAAAACGUUUUUUGAAAGGUUUUAUUUUUGCAUAUUCUGUGAAAUAUUUGAAAUGCUCAACAGUAUCCUAGAUUCUUUUAUAAGAAAGACAAAAAGUCAUAAUCAUUCAUAUCCUAAUAACUCUGUUGGUUCAGAAUAUACCCUGUGGAAAAAGAAAACAAUGCAGAUGACACAAACAUCAUAGAUAGGAACUCACACAACCACAUAAAAUCCACUUUUUUGUCCAGAAAUGAUAUCAAAGUAUUUUAUUCAGAAAUAGCUGUACACUUUGAAAAUCCUUUUGACUGAAAUAAAGUGAAAACUGGUGAAAA